AUGGGGCAAUCCCCCCCACCUACUCCCGCAAUGAGGCAUCUGCUAGUCCUGCUGCUGCUGCUUCCCUCUACCCUGGUGCCCCCCUCCACUGCAGCCCCUAUCUGGGAUGCUGUCGACCAGGAGAACUCCUCCGGUUUUCUAGGACUCCAGAGCCUACUCCGAGACUUCAGGCAUUUUCUCCUGAAAAAUGACCUGCUGCGAAGCAUGGACAACUUCUUCAAGGCCUCCAUGGACUUCCAGAGCCUUCCCCAGAACUACCACCGAGAAGAGAACCAGGCACACCAACUGGGGAACAAUACCAUCUCCAGCCACCUCCAGAUCCACAAGGUGACUGACAACAAGACAGGGGAGAUGCUGAUCUACAAGAAGUUGGUGGCAUCCAUCGAGCCAGCAGAGGGGAGAUCAGAGGGUGACUGGAAGGUACCCAAGAAGGAAGAGAAGGAGACCCUGGUGCCCACUGGAAAGGCCAAGGCCAUGGACAGCUUCCACUCAGAACUCCAUCCCACCCCCCGGGUGGCCUUCUGGAUCAUGAAACUGCCUCAGCAGAGGUCCCACCAGGAUGCCCCGGAAGGCAGCCACUGGCUUAGUGAGAAGCGACACCGCCUGCAGGCCAUCCGGGAUGGGCUCCGGGAGGGGACCCAGGAGGGCAUCCUUGAAGAGGGGACCCAGGGCUCCCGCCGCUCCAGGCUGCCUACCCGCAAGACCCACUUCCUGUACAUCUUCAGACCCUUCCAGCGGCUGUAGGGGUGGGGACUGGCAGCACUCACCCUGUACCCCCCACCCAGCCCUGUCCCAAGCACCACAUGGAAAUAAAACUUUAUUUUGUUUCUAGUAA